AGAUAAAGUUUCAAUUUUUUUGAGAAGUCAGAAGUCGAACAAAAUCCAAAUCAAAGUGUUAACCAUGAGAUUCUUGUUAUCCAAAAGAGCAUUCAAAAUCUUCACUCCACGUUUCCAGAGACUGUGGUUGACCUACUCCUCCUUCUCAACGACCUCAGAUUCCGGCGAUUCCGAGCCGGAAUCAUGGAGAACUAUGGAGGGUCUUCUCCGAUCCCCUGCAAAUUUCUCUCCUUUAUCUCCAAUCACGUUCUUGGAACGAUCCGCAAAAGUUUACAGAGACAGAACCUCUCUUGUGUUUGGUUCCGUUAAACACUCUUGGUUCCAAACCUAUCAACGUUGUCUCCGUCUUGCCUCUGCUCUUACCCAUCUCGGAAUCACUCCUGGCGAUGUGGUUGCAGCUUUGGCACCGAAUGUUCCAGCAAUGCAUGAGCUUCAUUUCGCUGUUCCUAUGGCUGGUUUGAUUCUUUGUCCGCUUAAUACUCGACUUGAUCCUUCCACAUUGUCGGUUUUGCUUGCACAUUCGGAGGCGAAAAUCCUCUUUGUUGAUCAUCAGUUACUUGAGAUUGCUCAUGGAGCUCUUGAUCUUCUUGCUAAAUCAGAUAGAACAAGAAAAAGUCUGAAGCUUGUGUUGAUCUCUCAGUCUAAUGAUGAUGGUGAUGAUAGCUCAUCUAGCUUUGCUUCAAAGUACUUGUUCGAUUACGAAUAUGAAACUCUGCUUAAAUCCGGGGAUAGCGAAUUCGAGAUAAUCAAACCGAGAUGCGAAUGGGAUCCCAUUAGUAUAAACUACACUUCAGGAACGACUUCGAGACCUAAAGGUGUAGUUUAUAGCCAUAGAGGAGCUUAUCUCAAUUCUCUUGCCACAGUCUUUCUUCAUCAGAUGUCUGUUUAUCCAGUCUAUUUAUGGACAGUGCCGAUGUUUCAUUGCAACGGAUGGUGCCUUAUCUGGGGAGUAGCAGCUCAAGGCGGUACUAAUAUUUGUCUCAGGAAAGUCUCUCCUAAGCUGAUCUUUAAGAACAUUGCUAUGCAUAAAGUGACUCACAUGGGAGGAGCCCCUACGGUUCUGAACAUGAUUGUGAACUCUCCUGAGACCGAACAUAAACCGCUUCCUCAUAGGGUCGAGAUCAUGACAGGUGGAUCACCGCCUCUACCGCAGAUCCUGGCUAAGAUGGAAGAAUUAGGUUUCAAUGUGUCUCAUCUUUACGGUUUGACAGAGACAUAUGGUCCAGGGACACAUUGCGUGUGGAAACCUGAAUGGGAUUCUCUUUCGUUGGAGGAGAGAACUAAAUUGAAAUCUAGACAAGGAGUGCAGCAUUUGGGUCUAGAAGGGCUCGAUGUGAAAGAUCCGGUGACAAUGGAGACUGUCCCUGAUAAUGGUGUAACCAUGGGUGAAGUUAUGUUCAGAGGAAACACCGUGAUGAGUGGAUACUUCAAGGACUUAGAGGCAACACGAAAAGCUUUCGAGGGAGAUUGGUUCCAUAGUGGUGAUCUCGCUGUUAAGCAUCCGGACGGGUAUAUAGAAAUAAAAGAUCGGUUAAAAGAUGUGAUUAUCUCAGGAGGAGAAAACAUAAGCUCGGUGGAGGUCGAAAGAGUUUUGUGUAGCCAUCAAGCGGUUCUUGAAGCCGCUGUUGUGGCACGUCCGGAUAAUCAUUGGGGACAGACUCCUUGCGGGUUUGUGAAGCUGAAAGACGGGUUUGAUACCAUCAAACCCGAGGAGAUUAUCGGGUUCUGUAGAGAUCAUUUGCCACAUUACAUGGCUCCAAAGACCAUUGUUUUCGGGGACAUACCAAAAACCUCGACGGGGAAAGUACAGAAGUAUCUUCUGAGGAAGAAAGCUGAUGAAAUGGGUAGCUUGUGAUCGCCAUGUAAGAAACAAAAAAGCUUGGUCUCUGGUUCAUGUGUGUAUAUGUAUAAGGAAACAAAGAUCAGAGAAUCAU